AUGAGUGAACGAUGGCGCGAGCAGACUGAUACAAUGUGGCACAAGUCUGUUAGGAAUCUCCAGCAUGACUACGAAGAGAGUACUGACAUUAUUGAUACUCUAAUUGAAAAACUGUGGAGUGGAGCGCUUCCAUCAAUUGUCGAAGUCUCUUAUAUCAUUGAACGAUCAGUUAGUAUUCUCAAGCAAGAGCCUAAUGUCUUGAAAAUUGAUCCACCAUUCACAAUUAGCGGCGAUAUUCAUGGCCAAUUUAAUGAUUUUAAACAAAUGUUUUUUCUGGCAGGCUUACCUCCCUACACUCGUUUUCUAUUUCUUGGGGACUACGUGGAUCGCGGCGAUAAAGGCAUGGAAGUCUUUUUAAUUUUAUGUUUAUUCAAGAUAAAAUACCCAGAAAACUUUUAUUUGAUCAGAGGAAAUCACGAAAGCAUUAAUAUUACUCGAAUCUACGGGUUUUACCAAGAAAUUCUUGUUAAAUAUCAUUCUGAGAAUGUUUAUAACUUAUUUGGAAAGUUAUUUGAAGCACUUCCAAUUGCAGCACUUAUAGGAAACCAAAUUUUCUGUGUUCAUGGCGGAAUUACUCAAUAUUGUCCCACCAUUGAAGAUAUCCAAAAAUUAGACCGAUUUUCAGAAAUUCCUAUUACAGGAGCACUCAACGACUUACUCUGGGCCGAUCCAUCUCUUGAUUCCGCCGGAUUUACAGAUUCUGAGCGUAAUGCGGGCCACAGGUUUGGAUCUGCUGCUACAGAUAAGUUCUGUCAUCAAAACAACGUCAAACUCAUCAUACGUGCCCACCAAAUGAUGAUGGAUGGCUGCAAAUACUGCCACAAUGAUAAAGUUUUGACAAUUUUCAGCGCUCCGAACUACGAAGGAAUAUCGCAGAAUAAAGGUGGUUUUGCGAUAUGCGACGAAAAUCUUAAUAUUGAACUUGUUAAAUAUGCCGCUGCUCCCCCAGAAAGCGACAAUGACCGAUUAUCUAAUCUUGUAUUUUAA